AUGGUUGAAGGGCAGCCUCUCUCGGAUACAUCGGCUGCUCAGAGCACACGGAUAUGCACAGAGAUGCGGCCACAAAACCUUUCAAACUGGGCAUGGUCAUUCGCCCUGGCACAAUACAGAAACAUUCCAUUGAUGGGCCUGAUAGCUCAAGUUGCAGAGACAGCAAGAAUUGUGAAUGAGCUCGAUUUGCAAGGUUUAGCCAACAUGGCAUGGGCACUUUCAAACAUGCAGUCGGCAGACAGCCUCACCUUUGCGGCCUUGGGCCAACGGCUUCUUGCACUGGACUUUGGGGAUGGUCGAUCUGAUUGGAAUCGUGCGGCUAACGAGUUGACGCACAUAUGCCAACUCGUUUGGGCCUUCUCCUUCGCCAGUCGCUUGUGGCCAGAGCUCGAAGACAAAUUGCAGCAUGCGCUGCGAUGCAUCGGGACAUACCUCGAUAACAUGGAUCUGCCCGACCUUGUGUCGGCUCGGCAUCAUCAAAGGUUGUCGAGCAAGGAGCGACCAACCGUGGUCAUGCAGCUGCAGGGCAUCAGCGUUGUUUUCAAACCACCUUACUGGGAAGUCGAUGCCAAGGGCCAGCUCUCUGGAAGUGGUUUGUAUCUGUCAUCCUACAUGCAGCACUCCCACCCAUUUUCGUGCGUGGUGCGCAUGGCGGCUUUCGAGUAUGGUUUCGUGCAUCGCUUGGACAUUCCCAGCUCUGGCUUGGUUCUAGCGGGGACAAGCUUUCGCGGGCUUGCAGGGCUGCAGUGGCAAAUGCACACAUACUCGAUCUGCCGUGAAUAUGUUGUGCUUCUUGCUGGAACUUGGCCAGUGGCAAUGCAGAAGAUCAAUGUCAACGUCCAAGACUUUAUUGCUGGUCGCAGCCACGUGAGCGCCGAUGGCCGACCAUCCGAAACCCGAGUCAAGGGCCUUGCUCACGCACGAUCCUGGUCACGCGAUGAACAUCUCAGCUUGGUUUCCAUUUCCAUCUGCACAGGUCGCAGACAUCAGAUUCGAGUCCACGUGCAGUGGCAAGGGCACCCCACAGUUACAGACGAAAAGUACUCCCACCGCUACGUUGUCAGUGUCAUGAAGCCCAACCUGGUGGCCAACAAGGCAUGUGCAGCACGGGUGCGGAAAAGGGAGCAGGAGAUGUUGAAGUCGCGCAUCAAGAAUGUCAAGCCACAGAUCGACACACGACCUCCUGACAGCAUGGCCCUCGAUCAUGUGCGGAACAACCUGAAGCGGGAGCAGCUGCUCGAAGAGAGGUACCAUGCUAUCGACCGCGACAACCGCAUUCUUCUGCAGAAAAUGUCAGACAUCAUGAAGACGCCGUCUGUGAAAUCUGGCCUUGGUGCACAAAGCAGUCCGGCCAUUAACACGCGAGAUGCUCGAAAAGCUGAGCUGUCGCGAAUCACGCAGGAGAACCUCGCCAUUCUCAAGCGCAUCCAGCAGGCACAGCCAGUGUACAAUCACGUCGAAUGGGAUGACUCGUACCGACGCACCAUUGAGCGUUGCAAGUCCUCGGCAGCACAGAGAGUGCGCAGGUUCGGAGGUAUGCCGUUCGAGUUUGAGCUCCCCAGUAAGCCGGUGCUCGUAGCUGGCGGGUUCGGAGGUCCUGCGGUAAUGUUCUUGGUGACGCCUUUCCGAAAUGGUCUCACUCUGGGUGCCACAAGUCCUGCAAGUGCCGUUGAGCUGUACCAGCAGGUUUUUGCACAGGGCCUUGCUAAAGGCUGGACAGGCGGUGCCUUUACUGCGCGAGCAGCAUGCCCACAGUUUCUAUGCCUAGGACCAGCAUACCACUUCUAUGCUUCGUUUUCAGGUGUCGGCGGUGGUGUUCUCCUCACCAGCCUCACUGAGACCCUGAUCGUUUACGGAGCAGAGACGAAGAAUGCUCAGCUGGCGAUGAACCAGAAAAGCCCCGGCAGCAUCCCUUCAGUGCAUCCGUCAUGGAAGCCUUUUGGCCCUGGAUUCGGCAUCCACGUCUUCCGGAACGUGAUUGCGACGGCAGGACUCCGAAUGUUCUGCAAACCGUGCACAACCGCUAUUGAAAAGGCGACCGGCAAUAGCAAUUCAAUGACUACGCUGGCAGGAGAUUUUGCUGGAAAUGUUUGCGCAGCUUGCCUGUCCGCCCCAGUCCACCAGCUUUACAGUUACACCGUGACAACGCCAGAGCUGAGGACCCUUCCCGGCGCGGAGCAGAGGGAGAGAAUGGUUUCGUUUCUGAAAAAUCAAUAUUUGGACACCUCCAACGGAAGGACAAGGCUGAGUGGACUGGUCCCGCGCGAUCUUUUCAUGCGCAGCAUGUACGUGGCAGUGGCCUACACGAUGUACUCCACGGUCGAGCGGACUUUGGUGGCCAACUGGAACAGCUGCGAAUAUCCUCUCACUCUGACAAAGAAGAAGGUGCCGACAAGGUCAAGCAGCCUGACCCCGCUCUCCGGAAAGGCCAACAAAGGCAUGGCGACGACUACAGGCUCCCUCGGUGCUCUUGCCCCAGGCGAAGUCGGUCAGGAGUCUGCUGGAGACGAUUUGAGGUACGUCUUGAAAGAGGGCAAAGACAUCAAUGGCGUGUUCUACCUCUGUGAGAUGGCAACGGAUGGACGCAGCUUGGCGAUCACAGCGUACGAUGCAGAGCAGAAAACCACUUUAGAGUUGCUGGUGAACGAGAAGAACCACCGGAGGCUGUACCGAGACCACAACGGCGACUACAGGGCCAUUGCCGCUAAACUAUGCUUGGAUGGCGAGCAGCUCUACAUCAAUCACGAUGGCAUGAUGCCAGAUGGAAAACCCGAACGGGCCGUGUGA